GGUCGCCCCCGUGCCCCCGAGGUUGUCCGGCGGCAGCGGCGCCGGGAGUUGGACGCGCGGCGGAGCCGCUGCCGGAUCCGCAUCGGGGGGCACCUGGAGCGCUGGUGCCGCCUCAAGGAGCAGCUCGGCUUCGCCCUGCACUCCCAGCUCGCCCAGUUCCUGCUCGACAGGUACAGCAACCCCGGCGGCACCCGGAGCUCAGGGGAUCCCGGGGAUCCAGGCCAUCUCCACCCGGCCUCCCUGCAGCGCCUGGUGGUCCUGUCCCACGGGCACGGGCAGGAAUGUGGCUUCGUGCCCGACGUGCGGCCGCCGGCGCCGGGCAGCACUGCCCCCCUGGUCUGGGAGUGUGUGGCCGGGCACCGCUUCUCCUGGGGGGGCCCCGGGGGGACUGGGACACCCCCAGGAGCACCCCCGGAGCCGGGAGACCCCUUGGAUAAGGAGGAGGAGGAGGAGGAGGCCCCCCAGGUGCCCCCAGAGCCGUCCCCCGUGGCAGCAGCGGGCGGGAGCUCCAGCCCCGAGAAGGAACCUGGGAAUGAGCCCCGGGAGGAGGAGCAGGAGAAGGAGGAGGAGGAGGAGGAGGAGGAGGAGGAAGAUGACCUGGCCUACAGCGAUGACCUGAGGGACCAGAGCUACAACCCGGGCAGUGACUCGGAGCCCCCGUCCCGGCCGAGCCGCCCCCGGGCCCGGAGGAAGGAGAAGGAGAAACCCCCCGAGGAAGAGGAGGAGGAGCAGGAACAGCCCCUGGAGCCCCCCCUGGAGCCCCCCCUGGAGCCCCCCCGGGACCCCCCCGAGGAGAGGAGCGGCCGGGGCUGCCGGAGGAGGACGCAGGGAAAGGACGAGGAGGCGGCUCAGAUCGGCCCCAAAAGGAUCAGGAAGGCGGCGAAGCGCGAGAUCCUCCUCUGCGACUUCGAGGGCUGCGGGAAAAUCUUCUCCAACCGCCAGUACCUGAACCACCACCAGAAGUACCAGCACGUGCACCAGAAAACCUUCACCUGCCCCGAGCCCUCCUGCGGCAAAUCCUUCAACUUCAAAAAGCACCUCAAGGAGCACGAGAAGCUGCACAGCGACCAGCGGGAUUUCAUCUGCGAGUUCUGCGCCCGCUCCUUCCGCACCAGCAGCAACCUCCUCAUCCACCGGCGCAUCCACACCGGGGAGAAACCCCUCCAGUGUGAGAUCUGCGGCUUCACGUGCCGCCAAAAGGCCUCCCUGAACUGGCACAUGAGGAAACACGACGCCGACUCCUCGUACCAGUUCCCCUGCGACCUCUGCGGGAAGAGGUUCGAGAAGAGGGACAACGUCACCGCCCACAAGAGCAAGAGCCACCCCGGGGGGACCCCGAAGGAGACCCCGAAAGGGGGGACCCCAAGA